AUGGAGUGCGACAUCUGUGGGAAGGCCGGCAGUCAAGGCCACCCGCUACACUGCAUCACAUGCGCGCGUUCCUAUCUCGAACUGCCCCGCAUCGAGCUCGCAAAGACGCUUAUCAACAAGGACGGAGUCGAGAAGCACGUCAAGGCUGUCAUACAAGGCUCAGAAAACAGGUCGAGCAUCUCGCUCUCCGACUCAAAGGGGGGGUUCUUGGUCGAUCGCCAGCUAUGCACGGACAAUUUGAACUGGCAGCGCACGAGAACAGAGACGGUCGAGAUCGAAGAGAGGAUGACGCUCAUCACAGAGCAGGCAGCCCAUCUCCGCGCCCAGAUGGAGGCCGCGAGGAAAGAACUCGAGGCCAAGCGGGUUUUAAAUGCGCAACGCAAGUCGGAUCUAUCCUCGGCUACGUACGGUAUCGGCCCUCGUCGUGCCAACGAGAUGGACAAGGUGCAGCAGAUGGUGAAGAGAAUGGAUUACAAAUCCGAGAAGCUGCAUUAUGAGACGAUAGAGCAGCGGAGGCAACUGUGCGCCACGUCUGCAACACUUGCGGGGCUGAAGAUGAGCAAGAGGAGGACCAAAGAUGGUGGCAUCAAAGAGGUCUUCAACAUUGGACCGGGAACAAAGCUCCGUGUGUGGGAUCUUCGAGAUAUGAACGAUGCUCCACCCGACUACCUCUCAGCCUCCUUAGCAGCUGUUGCUCAGCUCCUUGUGCGCAUCGCUGCUUACUUGGGCAUACGCCUUCCGGCCGAAAUCACGCUGCCUCACAACAACUAUCCUCAGCCCACGAUCUUCAGCGUCACCUCAUCGUAUCAAGGCAAGAAGGUGCCAUUUCCUGGUACUACACUGGACUCCUCGGGUAACAGUCCUGAGGUUUCUCGCCUACUUGACCCACGCGUACCGCUUCCAAAGCCUCGCACCCUCUUUAUCGAUCGACCAAUAGCACACCUAUCAGCUGAAGAUCCCCCGGCCUAUUCUUCGUUUAUAGAGGGUGUUUCUCUGCUCGCAUACAACAUCGCGUGGCUCUGUCGGACGCAGGGGAUGAAGGACAGCUUCAAGAGAUGGGAAGACGUUGGACCCAUGGGGCGCAACCUAUAUCGACUUCUCAUUCUGCAAGAGACGUAUAUUGUUCGACGCCCGGAGAACCCUCUCGACAAGGACAUGUGCGCUGGGAAGUCUUCUGCGUCACCGCUGCAAAGAGCGCCUGUGAGCUUUGGGCAGCUGUCACAUGCGACGUCUCACUCGCACAUGAGUAUGGCAGAGAAUACACAAUACAUCAGCGGAUGGAGCCUUACACCUACUAAGAUUCUCGACGGGCUAAAGGCGUUCUUGUUAGCUGAGCAACAGGCGCAGGAAUGGGAUGUGCUCAAUCAAAAAGAAUGGGAAGACAUGGAGAAUAUCAUCGCAGAAGAUCCCAUCAUGGUAGGGGACAAGCGAUAUAACGUAGGUCUGGACGAUGGGCACAGCUGUGUCACCACGAGCACUGCAAAUGGAACACAGAAGGACGACAUGUCCGAGGGUGGGCUGCCCGAACGCAAGAAGGGUACAAGCGGAUGGACCAAAGUCAAGAGCAGGAGCGAGGAUGUUGUAAAUAAAUAA